AUGGGAGCUAUUUGGGCUACAAGAGACUUUUGUUUGUUUUUGCUCUUGUUAAAUAGUCGCCAAAGCGCUGCGCUUCCAGAGAUUCGAGACCCAUGUGCGGACGGCAGUGAUGGCUGUCACAUAGAUGCGAUUUGUCAGACGACCCAGGGCUCAUACAAGUGCACAUGCAAAGCAGGCUUUAAAGGAGACGGCAAACACUGUGAAGACAUUGACGAAUGCGACGUGGAGUACAAUGGCGGGUGUGUACACGAAUGCAACAAUAUACCAGGAAAUUAUCGCUGCACUUGCUACGACGGCUUCAACCUGGACCACGAUGGUCACAACUGCUUAGAUGUGGAUGAGUGCAAGUUCAACAAUGGAGGCUGCCAACACACUUGUGUCAACACCAUGGGCAGCUACGAGUGCCGCUGCAAGGACGGCUUCUUCCUCAGUGACAACCAGCACACUUGCAUCCACCGUUCUGUUGAGGGCCUCAACUGUAUGAAUAAAGAGCAUGGCUGCGCCCACAUCUGCAGAGAAACACCCAAGGGGGGCGGGGCCUGUGAAUGCCGCCCGGGGUUCGAGCUGGCGCAUAACCAGAGAGGCUGCAUCUUGACGUGUAACCAUGGCAACGGGGGAUGCCAACACACCUGUGAGGACACUGAUAACGGCCCCAUAUGCAAGUGUCACGUCAGGUACGCCCUGCAGCCUGACAGGAGGUCGUGUGUUGAGCGAGACGAGGCCACCGCCGAGUCGUCGGACCACAACGCCACGUCCUUCGCCGAGGUGGACAAACGUGUCAAGCGGAGGCUUCUGAUGGAGACCUGCGCGGUCAACAACGGAGGGUGCGACUGUACUUGUAAAGACACAUCAACAGGCGUGCGCUGCACCUGCCCUGUCGGCUUCACACUGCAGCCCGAUGCCAAAACGUGCAAAGACAUUGAUGAAUGCGAGCUUCAAAACGGCGGCUGCGAUCACUUCUGCAGGAACACCAUCGGCAGCUUCGAGUGCAACUGCAGGAAAGGCUUCAAGCUGCUAACCGAUGAACGCUCCUGUCAAGAUAUAGACGAGUGCUACUUUGAGCGGACGUGUGAUCACACGUGUGUCAACUCCCCCGGUAGCUUUCAGUGUCUGUGCAACAAAGGCUACACCAUGUACGGACUGGCCCACUGUGGAGAUAUAAAUGAAUGCAGCGUAAACAAUGGCGGUUGUGAGCAGGGUUGUGAGAACACCCAGGGUGGGUUUGAGUGCUCCUGCAACCCUGGCUACAAGCUCCACUGGAACAAAAAGGACUGUAUUGAGGCAGAGGGUUCACCACCUGUGAAAGCCGCUUCCAAGCCAACGUUGAACUGUAGCAAGCAGGAGGGGGGCGACCGCUGCUUCCUGACCUGCCAGUCCCAAGUUCAUAUCAGCAGUGGUACGGAAGAUUCCUACACUGUGACCUGUGGAAUGCCCCUGCCCUGCUUGGCUGACGCACAAAAGAACAACAGCGGCUCGCAAUGCUUCGCUCCGGAGACGUCCGGCGUGCCUCGCAUUAAGACCACUGCCACGUUCAAGUCGGGCACGACCAAGUGCAAUUUAAAAAAAAGCCAGGAGCGGCUCAGGGAUAGUUUGAACUCAGCACGUUCAGACAGCAGGUUUCCCUUCACCGAGAACGUCCAGUUCAGCUACGUCAGCCUGCGCUGCACCUCGUCUGCGCAGCGGGGCCGCAGCCGCCACGGCAGGAAGGCGGCCGAUGAGGACGGCUCAUCUAUCGCUGCAGAGUUCGAACUGGAUGUGAACCUAGAGGAGGUAACAGCAGGGGGCUGUGACCUGAACUGCGUAAGACGACGCUCCGAGAAGAGGCUGAGGAAGACCAUCCGCACCCUGAGGAAGUCCAUCAACCGGGAGCAGUUCCACCUCCACUUUGCUGGGUCCGACUACGAGCUAGCCAAGAACCUGGCGCAGCCGGCGGAAGCGCCUGGGCGAUGUGUGGCGGGACAGGUGCUGGUGGGCAGGAGGUGUGUGAGCUGCGGUGUUGGCACAUACUACGACAGUGACCAGGGGAGGUGCGCGACGUGUCCAGCUGGUACCUAUCAGGACGAGGAGGGCCAGAUGUCCUGCGAGGUGUGCCCCGCACCUGAAGGAAGGGAUGUGGCCAAAGUGGCCGGAGCGCGAAACGUCUCAGAGUGUGGAGGUCAGUGCCCGCCGGGUCAUUACUCUCACGACGGCUUCACCCCAUGCCAGCCGUGUCCGCUGGGUUCGUACCAGCCAGAGGUGGGACGUACCACCUGCUUUCCAUGUGGCGGUAACCUGGUCACCAAGCGCAAUGGGGCUGUCACCUUUCAAGAGUGUGAGACCAAAGUUCAAUGUUCUCCAGGCCAUUAUUACAACACAACAACACACCGCUGCAUCCGCUGCCCCACCGGCACAUUCCAGGUGGAGUUCGGCCAGAACUACUGCACCGCCUGCCCCGGAAACACCUCCACCGAUUUUGAUGGUUCCACUAGCAUUAUGCAGUGCAAAAACAGACAGUGCGGGGGCGAGCUGGGAGACUAUACCGGCUAUAUCGAGUCGCCCAACUAUCCCGGGAAUUAUCCGGCCAACGUGGAGUGCACGUGGACCAUCAACCCGCCGCCCAAACGCAGGAUUCUUAUCGUGGUGCCGGAAAUAUUUCUUCCUAUUGAGGACGAGUGUGGAGACUACUUAGUCAUGAGGAAAAGCGCUCUGUUAAACUCUGUGACCACCUACGAAACGUGUCAGACAUACGAGCGUCCCAUCGCCUUCACCUCUCGCUCCAAGAGACUCUGGAUUCAAUUCCGAUCCAACGAAGGGAACAGCGGGAAAGGCUUCCAGGUCCCGUAUGUUACAUAUGACGAGGACUACCAAGAAUUGAUAGAGGACAUCGUAAGGGAUGGAAGGUUAUAUGCGUCGGAGAAUCAUCAAGAGAUUCUCAAGGACAAGAAGCUCAUGAAGGCCUUGUUCGAUGUUCUGGCUCACCCCCAAAACUUCUUCAACUACACGGCCCAAGAAUCCCGAGAAAUGUUCCCCAAAUCUUUCAUCCGCUUCCUGCGUUCCAAAGUCCUAAGAUUCCUCCGUCCGUAA